AUGGCGAUUCGGAAGGAAGAAGAAAGCAGAGAAGAACAGAGCACUUCGUUUCUUCUUGAUGCUCUCUACUGCGAAGAGGAGAAAUGGGAAGACGAAGGAGAAGAAUUAGAAGAAGUUGAAGAAAACUCUUCCUUUUCUCCUUCUUCUAAUUCUCCAUUCCUCCUUCUGCAGCAAGAUUUGUUCUGGGAAGACGGAGAUCUGGUCACUCUCUUCUCCAAAGAAGAAGAACAAGGACUCAGCUGUCUCGAUGAUGUUUAUCUCUCCACGGAUCGAAAAGAAGCUGUGGGUUGGAUUCUGAGAGUCAACGCUCAUUAUGGGUUCUCCACUUUGGCAGCUGUUUUAGCCAUAACUUAUCUCGACAAGUUCGUCUGUAGCUACAGCCUACAGAGAGACAAACCAUGGAUGCUUCAGCUAGUUUCUGUUGCUUGCCUCUCUCUAGCUGCUAAAGUCGAAGAAACCCAUGUCCCUCUUCUUCUCGACUUCCAAGUGGAGGAGACAAAGUAUGUGUUUGAGGCUAAAACCAUACAGAGAAUGGAGUUACUGAUUCUGUCAACUCUCCAAUGGAAGAUGCAUCUCGUAACUCCAAUUUCGUUUCUAGACCACAUCGUCAGGAGAUUGGGGCUUAAGAACAAUGCUCACUGGGAUUUCCUCAACAGCUGCCACCGUCUCCUCCUCUCUGUAAUCUCCGAUUCAAGAUUUGUCGGCUACCUCCCAUCAGUUGUCGCCGCAGCCACCAUGAUGCGAAUCAUAGAGCAAGUUGAGCCAUUUGACCCUAUUUUAUACCAAAAUAAGCUCCUCGGCAUCCUUAACAUAACCAUGGAAAAGGUGAAGGCUUGCUACGAUCUGAUCCUCCAGUUACCAGUGGAUCGCAUCGGUUUAAAGAACGAAACCCAAUCUUUCCGGAAACGCAAGAGUCGCGAUUCAUCAUCGUUGAGCAGCCCAAGCUGCGUCAUUGAUUCAAACCCUUUCAGUAGCGACGAAAGCUCAAACGAUUCGUGGUCAGCGAGUUCGUACAAUCAACCAUCGUCACCGCAACAACCUCCGUUGAAGAAGAUGAGAGGAGCUCAAGAGACGAAGAAGGAGAAGCCGAUUUUGCAUCUUCCAUGGGCUAUCGUAGCCACUCCGUAA